AUUGUUGAAUGGAGCAACGAGGACAGCACACUGUGAGAUCAACUGAGCAAUGAACAUUUCUGGGACUGAAGACAAACAAAAGUUGGAUAAGGACCGCCAGAACAAGGAAAUCAUAUUCUUCUGAGUCAAGAGAAAAAUAUUCAAUUUUGAAUGACAUCCUGACAGCUCCAUCUGCUGGUGACAAUAUGGCAUGACCAUAUUUAUUAUGGUAAUGAUUUCACCCGUGACAGAGGUGAAAGAAGAUCAAAGUUCAAGUUUUUGAACAGAGCUGAAACGCCAUUACAGGGUGUGAGAUCUCUGCUAAAAAAAAAAAAAAAAGAUAACCUUGCAGUAUUUGAAGCAAUCAAGAGAAAAGACAGAAACUUGUUGAGUCCUGCAGUGAAAAAUAACUUCAAUAACAAAUGGCUGAAAAGAAUAUUCUUGUGGAAAGUUACCUGAGCUGCCAUGUGUGUUCAGAGAUUUUCAGAGAUCCUGUGUCUCUGAGCUGCAGCCACAGCUUCUGUUCAAGCUGCCUGAAAAAACACUGGGAACAGGCUAAAAAGAAAAACUGUCCCACUUGUAAAAGAAAAUACUCAAAAGGUUUUCCACCAGUGAACGUUCCUCUGAAGGAACUGGCUGAUUCCUUUGUUGAGAGACAGAAAUCUGGAACAUCUGAGGCAGAAAAAGGAGAGAAGAAUAAAGGGAUCUCGAAAUGUAAACAUUCAGAGGUCCCUAAAUUGUUCUGUGAGGACGAGCAGAGUGCUGUGUGUCCUGUCUGUGAGUUUUCUCUCCACCAGAGUCACAAGGUGGUUCCUGUAGAACAAACAGUCCGGGAGCAGAAGGAGCAGCUGAAAUCUGACUUAAAGUCUCUACAGGACAAGAGGAACAAAUACAAACAAGUGGAGAAAACAUACAAUGAAGUGAUUCAACAUUCCAAGAAGCAGCUGUUGUCCACAGAGAGGCAGAUCAGAGCAGAGUUCAACAAGCUCCACCAGUUCCUGAAAGAGGAAGAGGAGUCCAGACUGGCAGCUCUGAGGGAGGAAGAGGAGCAGAAGGGGAAGACUGUCAGCAGAGAGAUGAAGAUGAUUGAGGAGCAGCUCUCCUCUCUGUCAGACAGUAUCUGUGCUGUUGAACAAGAGCUGCAGAAACACAACGUGCCAUUCCUCAGCAGUUAUAAAGCCACUCAGACCAGAGCCAGAGUCCAGUGCUCACUGUCAGAUCCACAGCUGGUCUCAGGAGCGCUGAUAGAUGUGGCCAAACACCUGGGCAACCUGUCCUUCAGAGUCUGGGAGAAGAUGAAGGACCAGGUCCACUUCAGUCCUGUCAUUCUGGACCCAAACACUGCAGCUGACUGUCUCCAUCUGUCUCAUGAUCUGACCAGUGUGAGACGUGGAGACACAAAGCAGCAGCUUCCUGACAAUCCAGAGAGAUUCACUUCCUCUGGCACUGUUUUUGGCUCUGAGGGCUUCAGCUCAGGGAAACACAGCUGGGAGGUGGAAGUGGGAGAUCAUCCUGGUUGGAGUGUAGGUUUGGUUAAAGAGUCAGUUGACAGGAGGGGAAAGAUGACACUUACACCAAAAAAUGGAAUCUGGUGUUUAUGGCAUGGUGAUGGAAAAUACACUAAUAGUCUUGGCAAGACUGUCAGAGAGGAGAAGAGUCUCCAGAGGAUCAGAGUCCAGCUGGACUAUGACAGGGGGGAGGUGUCCUUCUACAACCCUGAAGACAUGACUCACAUCUACACUCACAGAGACACUUUCACUGAGAAACUCUUCCCAUAUUUCAAUAUUGGACAGGCUGGUGAUGCUAAAACUGCUGAUAUCAAAAUCUGUCAGACUGAUAUUUCUCUGUGAUGUUCAGGAAUGUGAAUUAAUUGUUGCACCUUUAACAUUCUGAAUGUAUGGAUCAUGAUUGUUGGAGGUUUAUCAGACAUCACUCAUCAUUUGCACCCAAACCAGCACUCAAGAUAUUUUUUUUUCUUUCAUGUCUAAACCAGAUUUGAUCAGAUGUUGAGAAUCACAGAAACACCAAACUGAAACAUGUACACCUGUGUUCCCAAUUCAGAAGUUCAAAGUCAUUUUUUGAAGGACAUAUGAAUCUUUACUCUGAACUCAGUAACUCUGUAUAAUAGAUAAAUCAGGGUAAAUGCAGCAAAAGUUACAUCAUAAAUGCAAACUGGAACUGUAAUUUUUUUUUUUUAUCUGGUCUUAAAAAUUUAUACAAAUAUAUAUAUCAGUUAUUUUAGAUCAUUACUUAUUAUCCUUGUUAUCAGCAUCUUGUUUUAAUCAGAUCACAAUAUAACAUAAACUGUAUCCACUGAACCAAAUAUUUUGUGGGAUUCUUUAACUUUUAUUAUCAUCAGAUAUCAGUUUUUGUUUGUCAGAUUUCUGGAUCUUCUGAUGGUUCUUUUAGUUUUGAUCAUGUUUUAAUUUCAGUUUUUACUCUUUACACUCAGAGUCUCAGUGGUUCAGAGGAUCAACACACAUUCUGACCCUGACUGUCUUUUUAUAAUCUGUUGUUGAGAGUCACAGAAAUUGUUUUUCUGUCUCUACUGUCUGAAAUGAAAUUCUGCUAAAUUGUUUAAAUUUUUGUUUACACUUUAAGUAAUUGUUUUCAGCUGAAUUGUUUACUGUAAAAAAUCUUCAGUCAUUCAGUAUUUAGUUAUAUUUUAUUUUGCUAACAUUUAUGAAGACAGUCUAUCCUGCUUAUGACUUCCUCUUUAAUGGAGCUCAUGAGAAUAUUUGUUUAUAAUGUUUUGUAAAUACAAAAUCCUGAAAAUAUUUCACAUCAUCAGGAGACAAAUGUGAUAAAUUGAAGGUGAUUGUUUUUGUUUUCAAUCAAACAACAUUGUGUUGUCAUAUCAGUCUGCAGGAUUAUUUCUUGUUGUUUUUUAUGAAUUAUUUCAGUUUUGGAUCUGUUGCUUUUUUCUGAGGAAACACAUGUUCAAUAAUUACUUUUGAUUCAGUAUUUGAUUCUCCCAGUGCUUCAAUUGUUGUGUGUACACAUGAUCAAUAACAGAAAUGACAAAAGUCAAUGUCCAGAUCAACAUAUGAUCAACAAAGAGGAAACACCAAUAGGAGCAUUUAGUUUACCUAACCCUAACCCUAAAGGUACAUCAGAUGGAAGUUGCUUCAUAUUAUGUGUAAUUAAAUCACCAGCAGCUUUUAUUCAGAAUUAUGUGGUUGUCACUCGAACAGUUGUGUGAUUUUACAAACAAAGGUAAAAAUUAUAAACACAGAUCAUAAAAGACAAUUGUAGAAAAUGCAAUAUUUAUUCGUAAUCCAUUGAUGAUAUACCGUAAGUGUUUUGUUUCAUGACUCAUUAACUGAUUGUAUAUAAAGAAACCUGAAUCAGCCUCAAUCCACCCUGAUGAAGCACAACAGCUGAAAACAUUUGAGGAAUAAAACAUAC